CUUUACUUUCCAUAAUGUUUCAAUUCCCACUGUUUACGAACACAGUACAUACUAUCAAGACUUAGUUCAAGUAUACAGAUAGAUGUCUCGAAGUGAUGAAAAAUUCCCCGAUAAUGGUUUUGAAGCAUGGGGAGGAUAUAUGCGCGCGAAAAUUGCCAAACUUGAAGAACAAUUUUCUGCGACCACUUCUAAUGAGCAAAUAAAGGUUUCUAACAUAUUUAAUGGUGUAAGUAUUUAUGUUAACGGUUAUACAAUACCCUCUGCUGAUGAACUAAAAGAAUUAAUGGCUAAACAUGGAGGAGUAUAUCACACCUAUCAAAGAAGUGAAGAUUUUAUCAUUGCCUCCAAUUUACCUGAUACUAAAGUGAAGAAUAUGUGUUUAACGAGAGUGGUUAAACCAGAAUGGAUUACAGAAUCUUUAAAGGCAAAUCGACUAUUGAACUACAAAGAUUAUUUACUUUAUAGAAGUUCAAAAUUACAACCAACAUUAAAUUUUCAACCAAAUCUGAAAGGGGAAACAAAAAAUGAAGUGCAUUUAAAAAACGAAAACCAGGAAAGUGAUUUUGCAGAGACAUUUAAUAGUAAUGAUCCAUGUACAUCAACUAGCACAAACUAUUCUGUUCAUAACAAUUUACCUAAAUUCAGUAAUACUGGGAAUACAUCGACAGUGAAUUCAAGUAACAUUUCAAAAAAUGAUAAAGUGACAAAAAAUGCAAAUGAUCCAAAUUUUUUAUCAGAAUUUUACAAUAAUUCCAGAUUGCACCAUAUAUCUCAAUUAGGCGCCCACUUCAAACAACAUGUAAAUGAAUUGAGGGAAAACAGUGAUUUUGUAUUUCCUUCUCGGGAGGUCUUUAAAAAUAGAUUGAAGCAAUCAAAUAUGAAUAGUGAAAAUGUUUUGUCAUUUCAGAAUAAUAAAACCAUUAUGCAUAUAGAUAUGGAUUGCUUUUUUGUGUCUGUGGGAUUGCGAUCUAGACCAGAUUUAGUCGGGAAACCUGUUGCCGUCACACAUUCUAAAGGUGGACAACCUAGACCAAAAAGAGAGGGUGUUGAUAGAGCAACUGAAUUCGGCAUGUAUAAACAAAGACAAGCAAAAAAGCUAAGCAAGGCUACUGGUGUUGAAGAGGAAGAGUUAUAUUUCGAGUCAAAAGUUGACAAUGUAUCUGAAGAAAAUGACAAAUUCAGUAGUAUGAGUGAAAUAGCCUCAUGCUCAUAUGAGGCAAGAGCUAAAGGUGUUAGCAAUGGAAUGUUUAUGGGAUCAGCCUUAAAACUGUGCCCAAAUCUACAAACAAUACCUUAUGACUUUGAGGGUUACAAGGUAGUAGCAUUAACAUUGUAUAAUACUGUGGCACAAUAUACCUUGGACAUUGAGGCUGUAUCAUGUGAUGAGAUGUAUGUAGACUGUACAGAUCUGUUAACCUCAUUAAAUAUAAGUGCACAAGAUUUCGCAAGAGCUUUGAGAGAGGAGAUCAAGAGCAAAACAGGAUGCCCAUGUUCUACUGGGUUUGGUGGAAACAGAUUACAAGCUAGGUUGGCCACAAAACAAGCAAAACCUGAUGGACAGUUUUUCCUCACAGCUAAUCUUGUAGAAGAAUUUAUGUUUGGCAUCAAACUAAGAGAUUUGCCCGGUGUGGGUAGGCAAACAUCACACAAAUUAGAAUCAUUGGGUCAUCUAACUUGUGGGUCUCUUCAAAGUCUAACUUUAGCAACACUUCAGCAGCACUUUGGAAAUAAAACUGGGUCGCAAUUGUAUGAUCAGUGUAGGGGGCAUGAUCCUGUUCCAUUGUCUUUUUACACUGUAAGAAAAUCAGUUUCUGCUGAGGUAAAUUAUGGGAUUCGUUUUGAAAAUAAUGAACAAUGUGAAAACUUUUUAAAACAACUUUCAGAAGAAGUACAUUCAAGACUGAAACAAUUCAAAGUUUUAGGUAAAUGUAUAACAUUGAAACUUAUGGUGAGAGCUAAAGAUGCUCCAGUGGAGACAGCAAAGUUUAUGGGUCAUGGUUUCUGUGAUGUUAUUAAUAAAUCUGUUAAUUUGCAAAUCUCUACAGAUGACUUACAAACAAUCACAAGAGAGGUUAUCACAAUAUGUAAAAAACAAAAUAUUGAUCCAAAAGAAAUGAGAGGUAUUGGAAUACAAAUAACUAAAUUAGAAGCACUCAAUAAUAAGCCUAUGAAAGGCACACUUACAAAAUUUUUUGCGGGUAAACCGGAUAAAAUUAAACAAACGAACACACCACAACUAUGUUUACCAGCUAAUUCUAUGGUAGUUAAGAAACCAACUACACCAGUCAAAACAAAAGCACCAUUAUCUCCAUUGAAGAAGUCUCCAAUUAUUAGCCGUAUAAAAUCCCCAACUGUGAAGAAAAGGGGAAGGCCGCCAAAACAUAAACCAGUUUCAUCCUCAAAAAAUCUUAUAAGUAAAUUUUUGCAAGGACAAUCGAGUGUGUCGAGAACGGAUGUUGUUCACGAAAGCAUAGCACAAGAAGAAAAGCCUAAAAUAAAAGAGGAGAAACCUGAGGCAGCUAAAAAACCGCAGGGGUUUUUAGCCUUACCCUGGCAGAAAGUAAGGGAGUUAUUAAGAGCUUGGUUUGAUAGUGGGCAAAGUCCAAAACAAUGUGAUGUCAAUUUAAUUGUAAGUUAUAUGCAAGAAAUGGUUAUAAGUAAAAAUUUAGAGACAUUAAAUAUUUUAAUAAAUUUCUUGAGAAGAAGAGUUGAAGAAAUAGAUAGUCCUGAAUGGUAUAAUGUGGAAAGAUGUAUUAUUGUUGAAGUGCAAAGUGCAAUGUUAGCAGUCUAUGGAAGUAGAUUAUAUUUGCCUAAUAGAUGAUACAAAGUAAUUUAUUAAGAUUAUAUUUUUAGAACUAAGAAUUGUUUAUUUAAAUGAAAUGAUUAAGUACUUACAUAAAUUAAACUACAGAUUAUAUUUGCCCAUUUUA